AUGUUCUCACGUGUUGCUUUCCGGGCUGGCCGUGCGGCUUCAGCAGCCGGAGCUCUGCGGACGACGCCGAUAGCGGCGGCUGUGCGUGCGUCGACGAUGGCAGCACGGCGGACGGUGACGACGGAUGCGGCGUCGGCACAUGUGGACAAGAGCGCGGUGCCGGAGUCGGACGACGAGCCGUUCACGAUCACGCUGAGCGACGAGAGCUUCGAGACAUACGAGAUCGACCCGCCCUCGUACACCCUGGAGGUGACCAAGAAGCACCUGAAGCGCACGUACUACGACAUGGUGGUGGUGCGGCAGAUGGAGAUGGCCGCCGACAGGCUGUACAAGGAGAAGAAGAUCCGCGGCUUCUGUCAUCUGUCGACCGGCCAGGAAGCCGUGGCGGUGGGCAUCGAGAACGCCAUCACGCGCGACGACGACAUUAUCACGUCGUACCGCUGCCACGGCUUCGCCUACAUGCGCGGUGCCCCGGUACGCAAGGUGCUGGGCGAGCUGCUGGGUCGGCAGGGCGGCAUUGCCUACGGCCGCGGCGGGUCCAUGCACAUGUUUGAGAAGGGCUUCUACGGCGGCAACGGCAUCGUGGGUGCCCAGGUGCCGGUGGGUGCUGGCCUGGCUUUUGCCCACAUGUACGAGGGCCGGAAGAAGGCGACGAUCAUCCUGUACGGCGACGGUGCCAGCAACCAGGGCCAGGUGUUUGAGGCCUUUAACAUGGCGAAGCUGUGGAAGCUGCCGGCUCUGUUUGGCUGCGAGAACAACAAGUACGGCAUGGGCACGGCAGCCAACCGGUCGUCGGCCCUGACGGACUACUACAAGCGUGGCCAGUACAUUCCGGGCAUCAAGGUCAACGGCAUGGACGUGCUCGCGGUGCAGCAGGCGGUCAAGUACGGCAAGGAGUGGACGGAGAACGGCCACGGCCCGCUGGUGCUCGAGUACGUGACGUACCGCUACGGCGGCCACUCCAUGUCAGACCCCGGCACGACGUACCGCACGCGCGAGGAGGUGCAGCGCAUGCGGUCGACCAACGAUCCGAUUGCCGGCCUGAAGCACAAGAUGGUCGAGUGGGGCGUCGUGACCGAGGACGAGCUCAAGGCGCUCGACAAGGAGGCCCGCAGCUACGUCAAUGAGGAGUCGGCCGCGGCCGAGGCCAUGGAGCUCCCGGAGGCGAACCUGCAGGUGCUCUUCAACGACAUUUACGUGCCGGGCAGCGAGCCCAAGUUCAUCCGCGGCCGCACUGCCGAGGAGAUCCGCUACUAUGACUAG